AUGUACCAUGAAUCCACCAGACUUGGGACACAGGGCUCUCAGACUGCAGCCACAAAUCUAAUGGAAAGUGGGCUUCACUGCAGACAAGAUCCAGUUCUGAGAAAAGGAUGUCCUGCAGAAUCCAAUGACUCUGCUGGGAGACCGAUGAAUAUUUAUGGGAUGAACAGUGGUGUGGAUAUCCUGGACACUGCAAUGCUCAACUCGGGGACAGCAACCCAGCUUGUGCCAGCUGCUAAAGACUUUAAAACGGUCAAGCUGAGGUUCUUAAGAAGGACUGUGGUAGAGUCGGAUCAGGAAGAACCUCCGGUUCUAGACUUGGGUGAAUCUCCUCACCACAACAAGGUCAUCCCUAUCUCUAGAGCCAGAAGAGCUAUUGCCAAGAGAGCCCAUGGGACCAGCGACCGGGCUUUGACCAAAGAGGCCCCUGAACCCAAGUUCGAGACCUCUAGGGAAAGCAAAGCGGAAGAACCUCCAGAUAAAGUUGAAAAAGAAAAAAAAGAUGAACCUGACACUUCUAAAGAGGUACCAAAGUCCAAAAAAGAAGAGGAGCAAGAUGAAGAGGAGGCAGACAUAAAAGCUGUUUCUACCUCCCCUGAUGGCAGGUUUUUAAAGUUUGACAUAGAAAUUGGAAGAGGAUCCUUUAAGACUGUUUAUAAAGGUCUGGAUACAGAAACUUGGGUGGAGGUGGCAUGGUGUGAACUCCAGGAUCGUAAACUAACGAAGCUUGAGAGACAACGGUUUAAAGAAGAGGCAGAAAUGCUGAAAGGUUUACAACACCCGAACAUUGUCAGGUUCUACGACUUCUGGGAAUCCUGUCUGAAGGGGAAGAAGUGCAUUGUUCUAGUUACCGAACUCAUGACAUCAGGGACACUCAAGACAUACUUGAAGAGAUUCAAGGUGAUGAAACCAAAGGUUUUACGCAGUUGGUGUCGGCAGAUACUGAAAGGAUUGCACUUUCUUCAUACGCGGGCACCACCCAUCAUCCAUCGCGACUUAAAAUGUGACAACAUCUUCAUUACAGGGCCAACUGGCUCUGUGAAGAUUGGAGAUCUUGGGUUGGCUACUCUGAAACGAACUUCUUUUGCCAAAAGUGUAAUAGGAACUCCGGAGUUUAUGGCACCUGAAAUGUACGAAGAACAUUAUGAUGAGUCUGUGGAUGUUUAUGCUUUUGGAAUGUGCAUGUUAGAAAUGGCUACCUCAGAAUAUCCAUACUCCGAAUGCCAGAACGCUGCUCAGAUAUACCGGAAAGUAACCAGUGGUGUGAAACCAGCAAGCUUUGAGAAAGUGUCAGACCCUGAAAUCAAAGAGAUAAUUGGGGAGUGCAUCUGCAAGAACAAGGAGGAGAGAUAUGAAAUCAAAAACCUAUUAAGCCAUGCUUUCUUUGCUGAAGACACUGGGGUGAGGGUGGAACUUGCAGAGGAAGACCACGGCAGGAAGUCCACGAUUGCCUUAAGACUGUGGGUCGAAGACCCUAAGAAGUUGAAAGGGAAACCCAAAGAUAAUGGAGCCAUUGAGUUUACUUUUGACUUGGAGAAGGAAACGCCUGAAGAUGUUGCACAAGAAAUGGUUGAAUCAGGGUUUUUUCAUGAGAGCGAUGUGAAAAUUGUGGGAAAGUCGAUACGAGAUCGAGUGGCGUUAAUCCAAUGGAGACGGUCAAGGAUUCGGGAAGAGAGUGGUGAUCCUGAGGGGCUGGAACAAAUGAAUGUGCCCCAGAUACCACUUGCACCAUUGGCCCAUUCUUCCCACAUAGGUCAACACAUGGUAAAUGAAGCGGAUGAACUUGAGAUUGACCAGCAUUCCUUUUUGCCCAAACUACCCGCCAGCAUUACUUCAGUAGCAUCUGACAGCACAUUUGACAGUGGUCAGGGGUCUACAGUGUAUUCGGAUUCACAGAGCAGUCAGCAAAGUGUCAUUUACUCCUCUCUGCCAGACAUUCUACCCCCUGCCGUCCAGCGAGUCUACAGCCCACCCAUCUUGGAAGGUCAGGCUCUGUCACAGAGUCCUCAGCAUCAGCUGGGGCAAUACCAGCAAGCUGCAGCACAUAGGGCUUCUAGCACCCCUCCAUUGCACCCUGGACUACCACAACACCAUUACCAAGACCCAAGCACAUCUUACCCGGCUGUGCAGCCAACCAACGUUGGGUCUCUCCAGUUUGGGCCAGCUACACCUGUAUUAUCCAGCCAGCAGCCAAUUCAACACCAACCUAUGCUACAGCAAAUUCCAGCCGGGCAGCCAGUCUGCCCAAUGCAGCCUACCUCCCAUACAUACCCAUCGUACCAGCCCCCGCUCACUCCAGCACCGACAAAACCCCUACAGAUCUCCAGUGUACCACUGCAACAGCACCAGGUACCUGCAUCCCAGCUUCCUCCGUAUCCUCUCAUUCCAGCAGUUGCUCCUCUAACGGGACUCGAGAGCCUCCCUGCCAAUCUCUCUGACUUACCUGCUGUCUGUAUCACCCCCCUGCCUGCUCCCUGUCAGUAUUUCCCUUCAGGUGUGGUUAUGUCCAACCUUCCUGUGAAUCCUGCAGGGCUCCCGACAGGGCACAUGGUCAACCCACAGUUGGUGCUACCUUAUGAGACCAAUCUUAUGCAAAAUAUACAGGUGGCUCCUGUACCUUUAUUAGCGGUGGCUACCCCUGGUGGGCCUGGAUUUCCAACCCCACAACCACUGCAUGCCCAAACGCCGAUGUACCAGGCCUCCUUUCAACAGAUCAUUCAGAGUGAUGUCCCUUCGGUUCAUCACUCACCAAGUGUUCCGCCUGUGUCACAGCAACCCCAUCCACCUCCUCCUCAGUCACAUCAUCUGAGCAUAACCCAUCCUCCCGAUCAGACUACAUCUGGGGCUGGGAACCAGGUCAUGGGUCUUCCUCAGUAUUCAGUGGAACUGGGCACUACCAUAACGAUGCCUGUUGCCUCCGUGAUCUCUCCACCUGUUUAUCUCCCAAGUGAUACUCCCCCACCCCUGCAAGGGCAAGAUCCACUUGCACAGGUCUCAUACCCACAUGUCAUAACGGAGGCGACGUUUGCUGAAAAUCCAAGUAUACAUAUGGGGUCUGGCCUUCAGCAACGCUCUGAUCUUCAUAACCUGGCCACCAUCCGGCCAUACACAGAAUCCAGUCAAGAGGAAACAAUAUUACAAGAGAACAUCCAGACCUCAAUUCAAAGCUGUGACAAUUAUGUAGGUUCUGAUGCAGCAUCUGGCAAAGAAAUGAGCGAUGGGUAUGAGGGCAUCCAUGGCACCAGUAAACAAGAUGGAAAACCAGCAAGGAAACAUCAUCGCAGGUCGUCUCGUACUCGCUCUCGGCAGGAAAAGACCAACAAACCCAAACUGACCAUUCUUAAUGUGUGUAACACUGGAGACAAAAUGGUGGAAUGUCAGCUGGAAACGCACAACCAUAAAAUGGUGACCUUUAAAUUUGACUUGGAUGGUGACGCACCUGAGGAGAUUGCAACGUACAUGGUGGAAAAUGAAUUCAUACUGCAGGCCGAGAAAGAGAUUUUCAUUGAGCAGAUGAAGGAUGUUAUCGACAAAGCAGAGGACAUGCUGAGUGAAGAUACCGAAGGGGAGAGAAGCUCCGAUCAAGGGGCAAGUCCUCAGCAAACAGACUCCUUCAGGGUGGAAAUGAGGGAGGAAAAUCUGCUUCACCCUGUAAGCACCCCAGUUUAUCAGCAGAAUGUUUUGCAUACAGGAAAAAGGUGGUUUAUCAUCUGUCCAGUGAAGGAAUGCCCAAGUUCUGCAGAAGUGUCAUCAGUUAAUGCUAACCAGGAAAUACAGCGGAAUGUGCAGCUACCACCAGGGGGAUCUCAGUGCAAAGAUUUUUACUGUUGUGAUUGCAUUCAGUGGUUACUGUAUACAUGCCUGUAUGAAAUGAUUUGUGAAGAUAAUCAACGUGAGUGUCCUUCAAAUGAGGAGAAGAUUAAUCAAGGUGUGGGUCAGUCUUUUUUAACAGAUACAUGUGACCAGUCUACAGCAAUUCCUGCUUCCAUGACCCAGUCCUCAUCAACAGUCUCGUCAUCUGAACUGCAAACUCUUCCAGAAUCCCUUUCCUUCCUCCAAGGAGAUACUUUAUCUUUUGGUGCCUCUGCUGUUUUACAACCAGUGAUGGAAGCACAGCCUGAAACUGUAGGCUCUGAUGGUCUUCUGUUAAAAGAGGCACCUGUGGUACCUCAACCAGAGCACAAGUCGUGCAUAUUACCAUCUGAUCAGACUUGCAGUUUGAUGUACACAAAUGAUACUGCUCAGACAGAACAUGGCAAACAUGACAAUGGUCAUGCGCUGCAAGUUCCUCAGGAAAAAGUUCUUGAUCUUAAGCCUGAGCGGCAAGGUUUGUAUGAUUCAGAUAGUGAUUCACCUAUUGUAGUCCAGGUCAAGUCCAAUUGCUGUCACAAGGCCCAAGGUUUAGCUCUGCCAGUGGUGAACUCAAAUGUCCAGCAGUCGGGUAUAGAGUCUGAUGGAGAAGGUCCACCUAGAGUGGAGUUUACUGAUGACACAAUUAAAACUUUAGAUGAGAAGCUUCGUACUUUACUGUACCAAGAGUAUGCUCCAGCUAACGUGACUGCUGGAACACCGGAAAACCCACCGGAGGUGAUCAGCUCCCAACCCCUAAACCUAGACCUCAAUGGAGAACCGAUAAAUCUGCUGGUACAAAAUGGUGGUGAUAUUGCUUGUGAUUUAUCAAAUCGGAGGUCAUCAGGUCAAGCACGAGGACGUGACUCUGGAGAGCAGGAUUUAAAAGAGGAAAGUGCCACAGACAGAUCUCCCAAAAAGAGAUCACAUGCUAACAAUGAGGUAACCAUAACCUCUCCAAGUUACCUGAGGUUUUCUGCACCGCCAGAUGUUUAUCUGGAUAAGCUUCCACCACAACCAGUCAGGACCUCAGUACCACGAGCUCACACCUCCUCACCUAUAAACUCUCUCUUCUGUGGACAUGUGUCUAGUGAUUCAGGGGAUGAAUUCCUUCCACCAAAACCCAAAGAUGCCCCUUCCACCCCAAGCAAAGGGGCCAGUAAUGACUUCAUGAAGAAAGCUGCUGCUUUUUUGCAUCGAAAGGCCAGUAUGCAAAGCCCCGAUUCUCCUACAGGCCAGGCCAUGAAAAUCCCCUCAAUAAAUGUAACGUCUUUUCAUUCGCAGUCUUCCUAUAUGAGCAGUGAUAAUGAUUCUGAGUUUGAAGAUGCUGACAUGAAGAAGGAGCUACAGAAUCUCAGAGAAAAGCACAUGAAAGAAAUCUCUGAGUUGCAAGUGCAGCAGAGGAAAGAGAUAGAAACCCUUUACAUCAGGCUGGGUAAACCUCUGCCCCCUAAUGUGGGAUUCCUUCAUGCAGCGCCGCCAAGUGGCCGCCGGCGGAGAAUCAGCAAAAACAAGCUGAAAAGUGGGAAGCUGCUCAAUCCGUUGGUUCAGCAACUGAAAAACGGUACAAGUGAUAUAACUACAGAUUGUAAUGGAUCUCCUUCCAAGGAUCCAUUGAAGUCCCACCUGGACCCAAAGACCUGUCUUGCAGGUUCCUCCCUGAAGGCAUCUCCGGGUCGGGCCGUUCAGACACAGCAGCCUUGCUCAGUGAAAGUGACGGUGUCCUCAGAUAAUAUCUGUUCUGGGGUUGCCCGGGAUGGUGUUGAUAUGCAUGGCAGCGGCGGACAAGGCUGGACGGUUUACCACCAAACGUCUGAGAGAGUGACCUAUAAGUCUAGUAGCAAACCUCGUACCCGAUUCCUCAGUGGACCUGUGUCUUUAUCCAUCUGGUCCACUCUGAAACGGCUAUGUCUAGGCAAAGAGCACAGCAGUAGAUCCUCAACAAGCAGUCUUGCCGCAGGCCCCGAACAGUCGUCUCUCCCUCCUGUGACUGCUCCUCAAAUCCAGGCUCAGUCUAACAAUAGUAACAACAAAAAGGGGACGUUCACAGAAGACCUUCACAAGCUUGUGGAUGAAUGGGCAAGCAAAACUGUUGGAGCAGCACAAUUGAAACCAUCCUUAAACCAACUGAAGCAGUACCAGCAAUGGCUGGACCUGGAGCACAAGCCUACAUCCAGCAAUGAGGAGUCCAGUUCAGCAAGUCAAGGUUUAUCGGAAACGACAACAAAGUACAAAACUCCCAUGACUUGUCCGGCCCCCAUGGGACUGAUGUCCUCCUCCAUUCCCGCAGCCCUUUCUGAAGCAUCACAGUCUGGUUUAUUACCACCUUACAUGAUGCCCUUUUGUCAGUAUGCAGGAGUUUUCCCGACACCAAAGUAUGGAGUACAGUGGGCUGGAGCUACGAUGCCCACCAUGGCUGGAAGUCAGCUGAUUACUCAGUCUGCCAGCAUGCAGAUAUUCCCGAUGUCCAUGCCGCAGCCUACCAUAAAGCAGUCUCAUUCCAACAUGAGGAUCACGUAGCUUUGAGGCCUUCCUGUAUAUGAAAGUCUAUAUUUUAAUUGUCUGAGCCUGCCCACGCCUUGUGUGUUCUCAUGUCCCGCCCCAGCGGUGCUGGGUAAAGGUUUAUGAUUAGUAGCAGUCCUCUUCAGCACUGUAAGAUGGAUGAGGAGUAUGGUAUGACUGCGAGUCCUGGCCAAACCCACAUCUACCUGCACACAACCAUACUCUGCAUUCCACAAUCACUGUGAAAGUCAUGUGAAUAGUGUCUCAUAGCCCUUACUGCUUGGUCUACAUUCUGUGUCUUUAUAAUUUUACACAUUCUGAAGUGUAUAGUACUUGAACUAAAAAUUAAGGGAGGUUUAGUGCCUUGAGUAAUUUCCAGUAUACCUGGGAAAACCUGUGUGAAAAAACCGAAAGAAC